GUGCCCAGUGAAUCCUUUACCUCCUCUUCCUACAGGUUCUUUCUGCCGACAGAAAAGCGUCGUAUCCAGCGCUAACUAAAUUGCGAUAAAUUUAGUGCUAUUCGAUAAAUCCCUAACCUUCCCUCUGCAACAUUGGGGUUUAACAGAGGUUUAAUUAAUUCGGUUUUUUAGGGUUAAUAAAAGCAUUCAGUUAACACAACUGACAUUGCCAGGUAUUCCUUCUUUGCGGGGUUCAAGAACUUUGCACAGCAGCCUCUAUUUUCAGAUAGUUUUGCGAUCAGUGUAGAAAGCACAGGUUAGGGUUUUGAGGCAACAAAACCUCAUGCCCUUUAAAGAAACUAUAGGGAUUUUAAAUCAUUUUUGGUUUAUAUAGGAAAAAGAUCUCAGGUUGGAUCCCUAAUACGCUAAAAUAAAGGACAUUUGGGAAGCCUGGUAGGGUUUACAUUUGAAAAGAAAUAGCUGCCACAAAGGUUUCAAAACCCUUAGGAUCCUGCUGGUGUUGAUUGUUUUUGUUUGGUUUCUAUCCAUGGAUGACUUUGAGAGAGCUAUAAUUAUCAGUUUUGAUCAGAGCGGCGCCAUCGGGCCCGAAUUGAAAGCUCAGGCUGCGGCCUAUUGCGAACGAAUAAAACAAGAGUCUAUAAUCUCACAGGUUUGCCUAGAAAGAUUUGGUGCCAGCAAUUAUGCAGAGGUGCAAUUCUGGUGCUUGCAGACCUUGGAAGAAAUUGUGAGGCUCCGGUAUGCAUCUCUUGCUUUGCAAGAACAAAUGUUUAUUAGAAAUUCUGUUAUGUCGCUAGCAAUUGAAAAUCCUUUAGGGUUAGAGAGACCGGUUUUUGUUAGAAAUAAGCUUGCUCAGAUUCUCGUCAUUCUUAUUUUUAUGGAGUAUCCCUCUCGCUGGCCCUCGGUUUUCCUGGAUUUGCUGUCCUCUGUGGGUAACAGUCCCUUUGUUGUAGAUAUGUUUUGCCGUAUAUUUAAUGCGCUUGACGAUGAGCUGAUUAGUUUAGAUUAUCCUCGCAAUUCUGAGGAAAUUACCAUAGCAGGAAGAAUCAAGGAUGCUAUGAGAGAACAAUGUGUGACUCAGAUUGUAAAUUCCUGGUAUGAUAUGGUUGUAUAUUAUAGGGAUUUGAGGCCAGAGUUAGCUGCCACUGUCUUGGAUACAAUGCAGAGGUAUGUGACCUGGAUUGAUAUCGGUCUAGUGGCAAAUGACAGGUUUUUAUCUAUGUUAUUUGAGUUUCUUUUGGCUGAGGAACGGGCUUCAGAGCUUAGAGGUUCUGCUGCCACUUGUGUUUUAGCAAUAGUUUCCAAGCGGAUGGAUCCACAAUCUAAGAUUGCACUUCUUAGACAGCUGCAAAUUCGUAGGGUCUGUGGUUUGGUGCUUGACAAGCAAGAUACUGAGUUUGCAGUGAAGAUUAAUGCUCUUCUUACAGGUUUUGCACAAGAAGUUUUGGAAUGUGCACGCAAACUUGAUUCUGUUGAGCCUUCUUCUGAAAGUCUUGCAGCGAAGGAGGUUAUUACAGAAAUGCUCGAUACUGUUUUUCCCUCUGUAAUUUACUUUUUGCAGAAUGGGGAUGGGGAUGAAGAAUCUAAUGCUUUGCAGUUUUUAUCCAAUUAUGUAUCCAGAAUGAAGUCUUAUCCUCAAUUAAAUGCAAAGUAUAUGGGUCACAUUGGGCAGAUCUUGGAAGUAAUUCGAGUUCGGAUUCGGUAUGAUCCUAUGUAUCGGGAUCCUUUAGACAUCCCUGACAGAAUUGGUAGAGAAGAGGAAGACAGAAUGCAUGAAGAGCGCCAUGAUUUUUUUGUUUUGUUCAGAAAUAUUAGUCGCUUGGCACCAGACGUAGUUCAAAGUUUCACUAAAAAUACACUGUCUACAGUCCUUGGGAGUUCAGAGACAUCAUUCCAAGACGUUGAGAGUGCUAUUUCACUGUUUCAUGCCCUUGCGGAAGGAGUAAGUGAGGAUACAUUAAAAAAUGAUAGUGGGCAUAUUGGUGAGACCCUUAGAAUGCUUCUAUCAGCUCAAGUUCCCUUCCAUUCACAUCGACUUGUUUCCCUGAUAUAUAUGGAAACGAUCAAUCGCUAUGUGCGCUUUAUUCAACAGCAUGUUAAGUAUAUUCCUUUGGUGCUUGCUGCUUUUCUGGAUCGCAGGGGUAUUCACCAUCCCAAUCCAAAUGUCAGUGGCCGAGCAAGCUAUUUGUUCAUGCGAAUUGUUAAGGCCCUGAGGGCACAGUUGGUACCUUUCAUACAGGAUAUUUUGCAGAGUCUGCAAGAUAAACUGCCCAGCUUUGCGCCAGUUAGUGUGCAAUCAAGAAAAUCAAAUACUCAAGGCUUUGAAGAUGGGAGUCACAUAUUUGAGGCUGUUGGUUUGUUGAUCGGAAUGGAGGAGGUGCCAUUAGACAAGCAGUCUGAAUAUCUUUCAGCUUUAUUGGCACCACUUUGUCAGCAGGUUACUGUUUUGCUUGCAGAUGCUCAAGUGCAGGAUCCAGCAGGUUCUGCAGCAUGCUUACAACAAGUUAUCUCUGCUAUCAAUUCAUUAAGCAAGGGGUUUGGCGAACGCCUAGUUACUACCAGCCGUCCUACAGUUGGCAAUAUGUUUGAACAGACAUUGAAUGUUCUACUUCAAGUGCUAUUGGCAUUUCCAAAAAAUAAUCUUUUAAGGAGCAAGGUCAUUUCAUUUCUUCAUAGAAUGGUUGACACCUUAGGAAUUGCCGUGUUUCCUCAUCUUCCAAAAGCAAUGGAGCAACUACUUGUUGAAAGUGAGCCAAAGGAAAUGAUGGAAUUUCUUGUCUUGGCGAAUCAACUUAUUUGCAAAUUCAAGUCUGCAAUGACUAGUAUUCUGGAAGAAGUAUUUCCAUUUAUUGUGAAUCGGGUGUUUUCCAUUUUUCCCAAGGAUAGCAUACCAACAGGACCUGGCAGCAAUACUGAGGAAAUACGUGAGUUGCAAGAACUGCAACGGACCUUUUUCACUUUUCUACAUGCAGUGACGUCAAAUGACUUAUCUGCAGUUUUUCUUGUCCCAAAAAAUUCUGAAUAUUUGAAUGUAAUAAUCCGGUUACUUAUAUCUGCUGCUUGUGGUCACAAGGACAUUCUUGUGAGAAAGUCUUGUGUACAGGUUUUCAUUAAGCUAAUUAAGAAUUGGUGCACCCAGUCUAACGAGGAAGAGAAGGUACCUGGUUUUCGGAACUUUAUUAUACAAAAUUUUGCAGCAACAUGUUGUUUCUCCAGUGUUCUUGAUAAUGCAUUUGACUUCCGUGAUGCACAUACUAUGACUCUAUUUGGUGAAAUUGUUGUUGCACAGAAGGUAAUUUAUGAAAAAUGUGGGAAUGAUUUUUUGGUUCACCUAGCAAUGAAUAUAUUCCCAUCUACUCAAUGCCCUCGAGAUCUAGCUGAGCAGUACUGCAUGGAGCUACAGCGUAGUGAUGUGAAGGCUCUUAAAGACAUUUACAAGUCGCUUGUUGAAAGGUUGAGAGUGCUGCGGAAUGGUAGCAUGGCCUUUAGAUAGCAGUGGCAUUGCUAAAGUGGGAAAUGAUUAAGUACAUUUAGGACUGAUCCAGCUAACACAAUUUUUGACAUCGGAUGGCUUUUGCGUUGACUUCUUUGUUAUGAAUGUUUGUUUAGCUAAUCGACAUAUGCCUGGAGGGUCCAAACUACCUUUUCUUGCCUAAAUAUAUUUAGGAUCGUGAGUGUGUUCUGUUUCUUACCCAAAGAUAUGGUCGAAGAGACAACAGAAACUCAAUUGUGUAUCUGUUCAAAGAAUCUGAUUACCAAUGAUAGCACGGCUAAGAGCAGACUUCUAGAUGAUGGUUUCCAAGGCUUUUAGCUGGAGGUAGCUGCAUCCGAUUUUUUGAGACCAUUUUGCUGUAUGAUGGGCAUGCCUCUUUGACGAAUUAGCUUUAGUGUUGUCCUAUGUUCUUUUAUUCCUUAAAAAAUGCCCCUUCGAUCUUUCUACAGGUACAUUAAAACAAUAUCCAAUGAGAUGCUCAAGUUUCUCCACUUCGUUUAAAGCAUAUACCUGUACAUAUCUUUUUUGGAAGGAAUCAUGUUCAAGCAGUAUAUCAAUAAUUCCAAGGAUCAUUAAUACCUAGUGAAUUCGAGGAGGGCAGAGUUUGAAAUUUUGGUUUUUUCAAAGUUGUAUUCAGUACAGUGGCGAAUCUGUUACAGAUUUUUUUCACAUUGAGGGUUGCUCCAGAAUCAGUCAAGACUAUUACCAAUUCAAAUAUGCCCUUUUAAAAUAUUUAUUAAUAAUUCUGCCUGAAUUUGGGCGAGAAUUCAUUCCAGAUAUUUUGCAUUUGGGCCAAAACAGCUAAUAGUUGUUUUAGCCUACUUAUCUGUAUCGAAGGUGCCCCCAUUCAGUGGGAUGGAUGUAUUAAAUUAUAGAUAUGUCUAUAUUCUUUGAUCUGAAUUGUGGCUUAGUACUUGAGAUAGAGGCGGUUUGUGUAUUUACAGUUAUUGCAGUGAGUGUAUGAUGAGUGUGGAGCUUCAGAAAAUGUUGCUUCUGAGAGAUCUAGUUUUUUUAUACUGCUCGUAGUGGGGAGUUCUCUUUUUCUGUUUGGUGGCAUUUUGUAUAUAUGCUGGCGGUGCAGUUUCUUGGUUUAGUUCUCCAGACUUUGUUGAUCUGGAAAACAAUAUAAUAUUCAGUAAAACUGUUUAUUCAUUA